AUGACCAAGACCAAUGACUUCCGACAUGCAACCUUGGGAGUCAUCAAGGUGAUCGAAGAAGACGGAGUGAUUGUCUUCCGCGGCCUCAAGUAUGCCACCUUGAACCACGGGUUUGCCGAGCCCGAAUUGUACGGCUACGGCCAACAAGCAGCCGAAGACGGGGUUGUCGACGCGACCAGAUCUGGCCCUUCUGCGGUGUCUCCGCCAGUGGCGUGUGAUCUGGAACUCAGCCUAAUCCAGAAGAGCCUGGCCCACGGCAAGUUCGAGACGUCGGUAACAGAUUGUCUGAAUCUGAACCUCUAUCUCCCGACCCCGACCCAGCAAUCCCAAUCCGAAUUCCGCCCCUUGCCAGUGUUUGUGUUUAUCCACGGAGGCGGAUUUAUGCUCGGAUCCAAUGCCUGGCCACAAUACGACUUGACUCGGAUCGUAAGUCUCAGCAAGCAGCUGCAAAAGCCCGUCAUCGGCGUCCAGGUGAAUUAUCGUCUGGGAGCUUAUGGGUUUCUCGACUCGUCGAGUCUGCGCGAGGCCGGGGUCAAGGCCAAUCGAGGCCUCCGAGACCAGCGCACCGCCCUGCUCUGGAUUCGGCAGAACAUUGCCGGCUUCGGCGGCGACCCUGAGCAGGUCACGGUGAUCGGCGAGAGUGCGGGCGGCGUAUCGUGUACCCUGCACCUCCUGUCGAAGGAACCGCUCUUCAAGCAGCUGGUGGCGAUGAGCGGCAACUCCCUGCUGAUGAAGCCGCUUCCACUUCCGGUCGCCGAGGGGACAUACAGCCAGCUCGCCAGCGCACUCAACAUCGCCACGACAAAAUCUCCUUCAGACCAGUUGAAUGCCCUCCUGGCUGUCGAUCCGGACACUGUUCUUGCCAGUGUGGGCCCCAGUAUGCCGUUACUCCCAGUGCUGGAUGGGGACGUCGUCACCUCCAGCGUCGACUUUGCACAAUGGACUGCCCCAAAUAUUGCAGCUCAAGUGCCAGGCACGCAGUGGUGCCGUCGACUCAUGCUGGGUGAUUGUCAAUUCGACGGAAGCAUCUUCAUCUUAGCCCUACAGUCCAGAAAGACAGACAUUGCCGCAUCGUUCGCACGAUCAUUAACCACCGACCUCAAAGACUCCCCAGACGUAGUUGAAGCGAUCCUCGCAAGCUACAAUAUCAACCCCCGUUCCAACUCGCCCACCUCAACCUCGGACGACGAAGCCAUGAACAACAUCUUAAGAUUCAUGACCGACGUCAGGUUCUAUGCGUCCACGCUGACCAUCGCACGCGCGUGGCCCCAGUCGGCCUUUGUGUAUCAUUUCAACGAGCCGAAUCCGUGGGACGGGCCCUACCGGGGCGAGUCGACGCAUAUCCUGGACGUGGCAUUUCUAUUCCAGAACUUCAACGACUACUUGAGCCCCGAGCAGCAGACAUCGGCUCAGCGGUUCGCCAGCGACGUCAUCGCCUUCGUGCAUGGGGACGAUCCUUAUCAGAAGCACAGUGCUGACACAGGCGGUGCUCGGGUCUACGGACCUCCUUGCACGGGAGAAGAUGUCUAUGUGCAGAGUCUGGAUCCUCGCGCCUACGGUCGUCGAGACACGGUGUGGAAGCUGGCGGCUCGAGUCGGAAUGGAUAGACUCGCUGCCGCGCUGGAUGGUUUUAUGGCCCGGCCUGGUAGCUAG